AUGUCCAUCCGAAACCCCCGCAGCCAGCCCCCCCGCUUAAUCCAACCCAAACCACCUGCUAGCAACGCUUCCUACAGCAGCGAAAGUCCCGCCCCGCUCUCCCCGCGCUGGUCAGCCAUCGGACCAGGCGGCGAGCCCCCGCGCAAACGCGGCCGCCCCAGCAAAGCCGAAACUGAACGCCGUCGCGCCGCCGCUCAAGCCCGCGGCGAAACGUAUCCUCCCCCGCGUCGCCCAAUCAGUCGCGCCAGACCUGUCGACGUCCAUUUCAGCAUCCCCCCUUCACCAACAAGUCCCGGAGCCUCAACUUUCUCUCCAGCUCCUGGUCCCGUGCCUGGGCCAUCGGCCGCUGUCUCUGUUGCCAUGGGUGGAUAUGGCCACACGCCAUCAUCCGCCCCACCACCAGGCCUAAUGCCUGCCUCUGUACCGUACGAUAUGCAAGUAUCGCGCGCAAUGCCGGGAGUUGGUGCUGGUGCUGGUGUUGGUGUUGGUUCUGGCAUUGGUGGUGGUGUGGGGAUUGGAGGCUCUUUAUCCAGUCCCGUCCCCAUCCAUGGUUCAGUCACAUCUUCAGGUUCCGGCCCGCACAACCCGCGGCCCAAUCGCGCAAUGAGUUUACGCGAGUUACCCCGACCAUUAGAGAUGACUCCGACUCACACUGCAUUACCCUCGCCUCAUGCUUUGCAGCUUGGACCACCAGACUCGUUUCGGCCACGGUUGAAUAGUGCCGGGGAGAGGAUGUUUGGGCCUGGACAUGCUUUAUCGAGUCCUGGGCCCGGGUCUAUUUCGGGGGGUCCUUCGGAUCGCUUUUCGCCGGAUAGGCGCGGGUCAGGCGCGAGUGUUAGUACGCCUGUUGCUGGAUUAAGGGAUCGUGAGAUGGGCUCUGUGUCUGGUCCUGGUGCGGGUGCUGGUGCUGGUGCGGGCUAUUCGGAUUUGAGGAAUAGUUCGACGCCUGGUGAGCCGCGGUAG